AUCUGUCAAUGUAGUGACGUAAUACACGCAGUGCGUGGUGUCGCGUUGGGCCGGUUCGGAAUCGGGUGACAUGGUCAGCCCGGUAUAAAAAGUACCAGCCGACCUACAACCCUAUCAUACAAGUCCAGUCAAUCAAUACAGCAUCAACAUGUACUUCAAAAUCGCAGUACUCAGCCUGUUAGUGGCAGCCUGCAGUGCAAUCGACGAGGGCCACGGCCACGCUGUAUCAUCCCAAAGCAUCGUCAGACACGAUCAACCCACCCACGGAGCGACCCACUAUGCCCCACUUGUGGCCCAUGCUGCACCUGUAUUGACCCACGCCGCCCCCAUCGUCCACCACGCCGCGCCCCUGAUCCACGCUGCCCCUCUCGUCCAACACGUAGCCCCAGUGGCCCAUGUGGCCCAUGCCCCAAUUGCUCUGGCCCGUGCUGAACAAGUCGAAGAGCAUGCUCCAGCUCACUACGAAUUCUCCUACUCCGUCGAAGACCCCCACACCGGUGACCACAAGUCGCAACACGAGAGCCGCGAAGGAGACGUCGUAAAGGGAGAAUACUCUCUGGUUCAACCGGACGGUGCUGUGAGAACCGUAGAAUACACCGCUGAUGCACACAACGGUUUCAACGCCGUGGUCCACAACUCUGCCCCAUCAGCCCAUGCUGCCCCAGCGCCUGCAGUCCAUGCUGCUCCAGUGGUGCACGCUGCUCCAGUGGUGCACGCUGCUCCACUCGUCCACGGUGCUCCCCUGGUGCACACAGCGCCAGUUCUCCAUGCUGCUCAAUAUCUGGCCCACCAUUAAUUCUUAAUGUUAUACGCUAAACUGUAAUGUCCUAUUAGAAAUAUAUCGUUAUUAAUUAUUUA